AACGAUUACACUACGCAUACGAUCUUGUUACCAAUAUGUUAAAAAAUCAAGCUGAUCGAAUAUCUUCAUCAAAUAUUGUUGAGAGACUCAAAUCAGAAAAAUAUAAGCUUGCAGAAAAAGAAAAGGAACUUUUUGAACUAUGUAAAAUAAGAUACCCAGCUACUUCCAGAAUUUUUCCUUCAACAAAUCAAAACGAAAAGUUAAAAACCUUGAUCCAGCAGGGAGUUGAUGUGAAUAAGAAAAACAAAGACGGAAACAACGCACUGCAUGUAUUGUGUCUUAAUAAUUCAAGCGAAAGAUUAAUCGACACAAUCAAAUUAUUAAUCCAACUCGGGAUCAACGUCAAUGAGAAAAACAACAACGGAAGCAACGCACUCCAUUUAUUGUGUUGUCGUAAUUCAAGCGAAAGAUUAAUCGACGCAAUCAAAUUGUUAAUUCAACUCGGGAUCGACGUCAACGAGAAAAACCACAAGGGAUUCAACGCACUGCAUUAUUUGUGUCUUAAUAAUUCAAGCAAAAAAUUAAUCGACGCAAUCAAAUUGUUAAUCCAACUCGGGAUCGACGUCAAUGAGAAAGACAACGACGGAAGAAACGCACUCCAUUACUUGUGUUGUAAUAAUUCAAGCGAAAGAUUAAUAGACGCAAUCAAAUUAUUAAUCCAACUCGGGAUCUACGUCAACGAGAAAAACCAAAACGGAAGCAAUGCACUACAUUACUUAUGUCAAUUUAAUUCCAGCGAAAGAUUAAUCGACGUAAUUAAAUUAUUCAUCAAACACGGGUUGGUCGUUGACAGGAAAGACAAAGACGGAGACAACGCACUACAUUUAUUGUGUUGGAAUAAUUCAAGUGAAAGAAUAAUCGACGCAAUCACAUUAUUAAUCCAACUCAGGUUCGACAUUAAUGAGAAAAACCAAAACGGAAGCAACGCACUCCAUUAUUUGUGUCAAUAUAAUUCAAGUGAAAGAUUAAUUGACGCAAUCAAAUUAUUAAUCCAAUUUGGGAUUGACGUCAACGAGAAAGACAACGACGGAAGAAACGCACUCCAUUUAUUGUGUCAAUAUAAUUCAAGUGAAAGAUUAAUUGACGCAAUCAAAUUAUUAAUCCAACUUGGGAUCGAAGUCAGAGGCAUCGACGUACAAUCAAUAUUACGGGAAAACGAAACUAGAAAUUAUCAAGAUAUCAUACAACUCUUCGACGAAGCAUCUCUUACAUAAA